CGAAUUUUGAAACCCUCACCGAGUCCAUCCAUUUUUUCCCUCUCCUCUCUCCUCCGCUCCUCCGCUCCGGUCUCCGCCCUCCCUCACCUCUCCGUCCCAAAAAGGGCAACGAAAUCCAGACACCGCUCCCCAUCUCCCCUUCCUUCCUUUCCUACUCCCACACUCCCCCACCCUCCACUAGUACUAGUACUAGUACUAGUACCACAACCACCCCACCGGGAAAAAACCCAACAAGGGGUAGGGCCGCCGCCGCCGCCAGCGCCGCCGUGCAGAUCGCGGCCGGAUCUACGGCGCUGGGGCACGGGGGUCCCCGGAUCGACGACGCCUCCGCCGAGGGUGAGCCUAGCUUCCUCGCCUCUUCAUCCCCGGCCCCGCCUUCACGUCGGGUUCUUGUGCGGGCUUCUUCCUCCUAUUCUCGCUGCCUCCAGGAACCUAGGGGGCUAGGCUGUCAUUCUUGGAGGGGAGAGUACUCUUGGGGCUUGGGACGGGGCCAAGAAACCCUCUUGCGCCGGCCUUGACUUGACCGCCCCAAGAUCGAGGACGAACCAUUCUCGUUCUUUCUGCGAAUAAAGCUUCUUUUUGGUGAGAUUGUCCUAUCCUGGACGGCUGGGUGCUUGGCGGUACCGUCUAGCGUGCCAAAGAAUCGUCGACGCGUUCCCAUUGCCGCAUUACAAGAGCUUUUUCGGCGGAUUAUGUGGUCUGACCAUGGUGCAUUCUUGAUCCGGAUGUUGUCAUGUGUCGCGGACUCACUGUUGCACCGUUCGUUUUAAUUUCACAAUGUGAACGCAGCAGUUCCUCAGAGAUCCAAAUAGGUUCGGAUGGCUAUGCGAAAAGAAAACCCUGUGCUUAAUGCUUGUCAAGCAUCCAAUGGCCGGAUCACGCGAGCUCAAGCUGCUGCAAAUCGUCGAAGCUUUGGAACUUUCCCUUCUGUUCCAUUGCCUGCAAAAACCGAACGAAAACAGACUGCACAAGGGAAGGCAAAACGAGGUUCUUCAUAUGACAACACCAGUGCAAGUGUUGCACUUUCAGGCCCCCAGCCUAAAAGGCGCACAGUACUCAGGGAUGUGACCAAUUUGAGCAAUGCUAACUCUAACAAAAGUUUUGCUGCUGCACCGAAGCUUCAGACAAAGCCCUCUCUAAGGACUGGAAGAACCGUGAGCAAAAGCAAGCCGUGCGCAAAAAAGAUUCCUAAAAAACCACCACCAGCUGGUAAUGGAAGUGCAUUGACUAAUGUUUUGAACAUUGCUGAAGAAACACAAGCGGAGAAGAUUUUGGCAGAGAGAGUGGAACCCGUUCUGUUGCUUGAGAACAGGGGGCCACUUUCAUUGCAGAAUGUUGAAAGGAACAGGGACAGUGCUUGUCAUGAGGUAUUCUUUGAGGAAAGAAACCUCAGGGAUAAAUGUGAACCUUCUGUGUCAAAGAAUGGGGACUCUUAUGUGUUAGACAUUGUAGAUAUCGACAAAGAUAAUGGCAAUCCUCAAAUGUGUGCUUCCUACGUUGUGGAGAUAUACUCAAACCUAAUGGCUUCAGAGCUUAUGAGAAGACCAAGUCCAAAUUACAUGGAGGGUUUGCAACGGGACAUCACAAAGGGCAUGAGAGAAAUACUCAUUGAUUGGCUUGUGGAGGUUUCUGAAGAAUACAAGCUUGUUCCAGACACGCUGUACCUAACUGUAUAUCUUAUUGACCGGUUUCUUUCUCGGAACUACAUUGAAAGACAGAGACUACAACUUGUGGGAAUAACAAGCAUGCUUGUUGCCUCGAAAUAUGAAGAGAUAUGUGCUCCUCGAGUAGAAGAGUUCUGUUUCAUAACCGACAAUACAUACACAAAAGCAGAGGUGCUGAAAAUGGAGAGCCAGCUGCUGAAUGACCUGGGAUUUAACCUUUCUGUUCCAACUACAAAAACAUUUCUCAGGAGAUUCCUUAGAGCGGCACAAGCAUCUCGUAAAACUCCUUCUAUGACUUUAGGAUUUCUGGCCAAUUAUCUCGCGGAGUUGACUUUGACCGAAUAUGAGUUCUUGAAAUUUCUUCCGUCGUUGGUGGCAGCAUCGGCCGUGUUUCUUGCUAGAUGGACGCUUGACCAAUCCGACCUCCCAUGGAACCAGACUCUAGAGCACUACACCUCUUACAAAUGCUCUGACAUUCAAUUGUGUGUCUGUGCUCUACGGGAACUCCAGCAUAACACCAGUAACUGCCCUCUUAACGCCAUCCGCGAGAAGUACAGGCAUCAAAAGUUUGAAUGCGUAGCGAACCUAACUUCACCGGAGUUCCCUCGGUCGUUCUUCAGCUGACACGCCAAUGGCACCGAUUGGUGAGCAACGUUAGCAGCAGCCGUAGCGCAGGUUGCGUUAACAUUAUUGUAGCAUCCCCUUUUACCCCCCAAUGUCUGAUUUGGCUGUGUGUUGUUAUCGAGCUGCUGUGUCCCAGCCUGGCCUUUUUCGAGUCGCAAGUGAGAUGAAGAAGGACAGAGAGAUGGCUCCUUGGCUUUUCUUUUGUUUGUUUGACGUAAAAGGUUCACCCGGUUGUAAACAACACUGUGUGUAGGGCUUUUUGCUUGGGCUGUUGUUAAUUAACUGUAAGGGGAGAUGGUCCGGCUGGCUUGUAUGACGACAAACGACGGGAUGAUGUUUGUGUUGACACAAUUCGUUCAUUGGUAGCCUCGGAAUGGAAAUUAGUUUAUUGCCAGUGAUUACUCUGGAUGGAAUGACUGAUUGAGUGUUUGUUAUA